CAGCGACGCAUCUACAAACUAAAUGAAAAUGUUGUUGUGUCAACUAAAUGAAAAUAAAAUUGAUUAAACUCUCACAUCAUACAUAUGUGUGUAUGAUGUCAUUAGAAGAGGCAGCAGAGCUUAUAAAGCAUAACGGUUGAAGUAAAGUACAUUUUUUAUUUGGAGAAGAAAGAAAAUGUUUAAAAACUUAUUUUUGCUCUUCGUUAUUGGCUACAGCGAAUAUUGUAAAGCCUACAAUAAUACAACUUAUGAUUUCAAUGGAUUAACAGAACGAAAAUCUCGAGCUAACUUGGUUUCUUUUGAGCCGUUGGGUGAACAUAUACAAGUUGGUUUGGAUUAUCUAAUGCCUUUUAUAAAGGUGCCAAUUGUUAGAAAAGUGGAUAUUUAUGGCAAUGAACCGGCUUUAAUUAAUAUCAAUACCGCAGCCAUAGUAUCCACCGGUCUAUUGGCUACAUCAAGUGCUUUGAUUUCCUUUAUCUUUAGAAGAUAUGUAGUACUGGGAAGAGAAGCAACAUCCUCCGAACAUCGCCGCAGAUCUGAUAAUGAUUUCGAACAGGAAUUGUGGUCCAUUUUAAAUAAUUUCAAAUUGGUUUAUACAAAUUCUUCAGGUUCCCGAGUUGAUACCUCAUUGUCUGGUUUAUUUGAUACGAUUAAUGAAACAUUUCAAAAGAAUGGCAUCGACUUAAGCUCUUGCAUACAAAAAGCCAUUUGCAUACGUCUUCAGUUAUCUGCAGAUCGUGUUAAUGAGGGUAAUUCAUCAGGUGUCGAUAAAAUUAUUGACGGUUUAAUGGGUAUUAAAUGGUUUAGAAGUUUUCUGCGUCACACUACUCUUAAAGAUGUCCUUGAUUUAAAAGAAGUUUCUUCAUUUUCCAAUAAGCAAUACGAUGACAAAUAUCCUAUUUAUUGUGAUAAUAAAUAUCCUCAUUGUAAGUGGUCUGCUCCAGAAGAUAAUAUCGUUGAGCUGGUUUCAACUUAUUUGAAAUUUACGUGAGAACAUUUACAUUAUAGUGUGGGAAGUGUGAGAUUUAUAUAAAAACGUAAUAUCUUAUUUAUUUUGUAUUUAUAAUUUUCAUAAAAAUAGAAAUGCAGCACAUUUUCCUGGUAUA